AGCGGACAUUCUGGCCACUUCACUGGAGCCAAAGCAGCAGCUUGACCCCAGAACCAUGCCCAGAUUACCCCCUGCUCUGAAGCUGCUCCAAGCCCCACUGAAGUGUUGGGUGGUUCCCAAAGCCCACGUGUCUGCCAAACCGGCCAGAAACCCCACUAGCCCUAUGGAGCAGGCUGUAGGGAUGGUGACCACCUUUGUCAGCUUCCUGGUUCCAGCAGGCUGGGUCUUAGCCCACCUGGACAGCUACAAGAAAAGCUCCGCAGCCUGAAGCAGCUGAACCCCCCAUGGUCACAAUAAACUCCAUGGU